GUGAAUUUAUUCCUAUAGUCCAAAACAGAAUGCAUAGUCGUCACACGCGCCAUUUUUUGAAAACGUGAUCAAAACACUGACAUUUGAGUUUGAAUUACGUUUUUCUUGUGCUAUUUGAACUUAAAAACUAAUCACCUGUAGACAUUUUAUGGUGCAUGACUAUGUAUUCUAAGACUACAUCAUUGUUAUAACUGAUUUGUUGACAUAUUUAUUUAUUUAUAAGUAUUUUUGCAAAAAAGUGAUUCGAUUUGGGUACUGCCAUCUUAAUCCAAAAUCCCCGAUGAGGCCGGAGCCCCUCGUCCUUUAGUUCCGUGACAUUACGUAUUUCCGUUUCUAAAUUUACUCAAACCAGUCAUAUACUUCCGGUGCACUUUCUGUCAGUAUGCUACAGUGUGUUUGUGGAUACAACAACAAACAUUUCCCAGAGAUUGGGCUAUUAACAGAGUCGUCUGCUCACACAAUGUCUUAGACAGACACACUAGACCGACAGGAUGAGUGGAAGGGUCGGAGAUCUCAGCGAUUUGCAAGCCACGGCCCUACAAACAUUCAAAGAAAAUGUCAAAGACAUUCUAAAACCUAACCAUGACGAUUACUACCUGCUCUGCUGGCUCAGAGGUAUCAUGCGGUCAGUUAAGAAAUCUGAUGUUGUCAGGACGCAGAUUCAUCGCCUAGAAAAACUCCAAGCUCUUCAGAUGGUACAGACCCAGAAAGUUGGACGCCGGGUAGAGGACUUAAUGGUGAUCUAUGACCUCGAACGUCUUGGGAUGAAACAUCUAUGGAAGCCCGGCGUAGACUUGUUCUGCGAAGUCAUUGAUAUGUUUGAAUGGCACUAUCCGGAAACUCUCAAGCUGGUGUUUGUUAUCAAUGCUCCGAGAUUCUUCCCGAUUAUGUACAACUUAAUCAAACCAUUCCUGUCUGAAGGCACUGCCAGUAAAGUUAGAAUAUAUGGUUCAAGUAACUAUACAGGUGAACUUCUAAAAUACAUAGAUGCAGACCAAUUACCUGUGGCAUAUGGUGGGACCAUGAAAGAUGAUGCAGGCGACCCCCGCUGUAGUGCUCUGGUAUGUCAAGGCGGAGAUGUACCUAAGGAUUUGUACUCUAAAGUGAGUAUCAACACACUGGACAUAGACAAGUACACAGCAGUGACUAUAGGUCGGGGGUCGUCCAUACAAGUAGACCUGAAUGUGACGGAACCAGACAGUGCCAUCAGGUGGCAGUUCAUCACCGAGGGAUUUGACCUUGGGUUCGGGGUGUACAAGCGGACUAAGGACAGUAGACAAAAGGCAAAUGACAUGGAGGAGGUGAUCCCAUCGGAACGCGUCAACAGUCACAUGUUUCCCGAGGACGGGAGUGUCAUCGUUCAAGAGCCUGGCACAUAUGUUGUGAGAUUUGACAACACAUACAGCUGGACCAGAAGCAAGAAGAUAUACUACAUCAUAGAAAUGUUAGAACCGGACGUAGAAGAUGAGUUUGAGCUGGCUAGUGAAAGUCCUAUGUGAUAUAGGAAGGACAAAAA